CCCAGCGGGCAGCACAAGGCUGUUUAUAUAAGGGAAGAGGGAAGCUUGCUUUCCCAUUACUUCCACAAAAACACGAUUAACAGCGAUAACUAUGCUAAUUAUUGCCCUUGCUGCACUUGAAAUGCACCUCACUGGCUGGAGAGGCAAUGCUUUGGGGUAAUAAUUAACUCCUUUUUCCCUCAAUUACCUUUUAUUAGGAGAGCAGGAGGUGUCGGGGCGAAACAGCCGCACAUCUUCCAAGAAAAGCUCGCGCUUUUCCAAGGGAACCCAAGCGGAGGCGCCUCAUUAAGAGAACCGCGCAGGACAAACAUUCCCAUGGCGAGCUGGGCCUUGGAGCUGCUCGGCUUCUCCCUGAGCCUGCUGGGCCUAAUUGGGACGUUAAUUGCCACCAUCCUGCCGCACUGGUGGCGCUCGGCGCACGUGGGCACCAACAUCAUCACGGCCGUGGCCUACGUGAAGGGGCUGUGGAUGGAGUGCGUGUGGCACAGCACCGGCGUCUACCAGUGCCAGCCCCACCGCUCCCAGCUGGCGCUGCCCGCCGACCUGCGCGCCGCCCGGGCCAUGAUGGUCAUCUCCUGCCUGCUGGCCGUGCUGGCGGCCGCCGUGGCCGUGGUGGGCAUGAGGUGCACGCACUGCGCCGAGGGCAGCCCCGCCAAGGCCUCCAUCGCCGGCUCCGGCGGGAUCGGCUUCGUGGCGGCCGGGCUGCUCUGCCUGGUGCCGGUGUCGUGGAGCACCAACGAUGUUGUCGUGGAUUUCUACAACCCCACGCUGCCCGCUGGGAUGAAGUAUGAGAUAGGGCAGGCUCUUUACCUGGGGUUUGUCUCCUCGGCCUUGAGCAUCCUGGGUGGGGCCCUGCUGUGCACGUCGUGCCUCGGGAAUGAGGCGCCUUUCCAGGCGCAUUCCGGAGCACCUCCAUCCUCCAGGCCACCGAGUGCCUCCAAGGGCAGCCACGCUCCUUCCCUGACAUCUGCGUCCCACAGCGGCUACAGGCUGAGCGACUACGUGUGAGUUCUCCUGGGAUCUGGCACAGCUGCCUCGGGAAUUCUGUGCCUGGCACCAGAGAACUUGGAAUGGAUGUUUUAGUUUACCGUUGUCUAUUCCUUCCUUUUCUUCCUGGAGGAGGAAAGGAUGUGGAUGCAGAACUGCUGUCGGCAAAACCUGGGAAAUAAAGGCAAAGGACACUGAGAUAUUCCCAAGGCAGCACAUCCUUGUCUACCUCCCAUCACAGCUUUCCAGGUAAUUCAAGGCGUAUUUUGGUAAAAAUAAUGGUUUGGUUUGGAGUCGGUGCCCUGUGAAGCAGAACUGGCCACAUCGCUUUGCUUCUUCCCCAAAAAAAGACAGUUUUCCCUAAAACCUGGAAUUUCUUGGGGAUACACAGUGAUUUCCAGCACUGAUUGCCUGCUCGGUUCCUCAUUUCCGUAAUUCAUGAACGUUUCAUCAUGACAAGGUAUUAAUUUUGCUUUCACUUAACUUGUUUGUUUUUUUACAGUCCCUUAAAAUAUGAAUUUCAAUGGCACUGUGACAGAUGUAUUUGACAGCCUGUUACAGCCAAUAUUUGAAGUUAUAUUACAAUGUUUUGACCUGAUCAAAAUAAAAUUUCAGCACAUUUUUUGAAAUGCAUCAUGAGGGAAACAAACCCUCUCAGUGGCUCAGAAUUGGGUUUUUUACAAAUGUCAGGAAUAGAAUGGAACCAGACAUUUGAUAUUAAAUAUACUUUAAAAAUUAAAAUUAAAAAGUCUCAGUAAUUUUCACUUUCAGCUUUUGAGCAGAUUUAGCAUUCUACACAAUCUAUGCAUUAUAGGGAGUGGAAAAACAGUUUCUAGAGUCCUAUUUCAUAAAUCCCAUAUAAUGAAAUGUGCUUAUUUCUUAGGAUGAAUGCUGGUAUUUUGUGCCUGAAGGUGCAUUAGGGUGGGCAAGGAUAUUUCCAUCUCAUGCAUUG